AAUGAUCGAAAAAGAACAUCAUCAAGAAAUCAUACUAAAUUACGAAUAACAAUUGUAGGAAUUAAAUGCAAAACUCAAAGCAGUAACUAAUGAAAAUACUAUGAUUCAUGCCUAAUUAACAGCCAAAUCUUCUGUUAUUGAUUAAUAAACCUAAGAAAUUGCUGAGUUGAAAUGUAAAUUAACUGAAUAAGAAUUUGAAUUCUAAGAAAAAUGCAAAAGCCAAUUGAUCUUUCUUAAUCAGAAAAACAUGGAAUUGCAAAACUAAGUAAUUGAAUUAAAUUAAUAAAUAAAUAAUUUGAAUAGUGUAAUCCAAGAAACAUAGAAUAAUUCAAAGGAGUUUUGCAAUUAAAAUGAGAAUAAUUAAAUUGAUUAACUAAAUUAAUUAAUACAAAAUCUGUAAAAUUAACUUAAAGAUAAAAAUGAACACAUUUAGAAUUUAAAAAACUUAACAUCAGGAACAAUAAUAGCAUUAUAAUAGAGAAAUGAAACUUUGGAAAAACGAUUGAAUGAACAAAAAGAUAUAGUUGAAAAAUUAAAAAAUGCUGAUGUAAUUACACAUUCUAGAAAUAGUAUACAAUCAAAGCCACCACUAGCAAUGACUCAAGUAUCUUAGUUGAAGAACUGUAAUCUGCUUUAAGCAUUAAGAAACAAGACAUUGAGAUUUUGCAAUAGAAAUACGAAUAAUAAUUAGCAAAAAAAGAGGAAAUUGUAUAGAAUUUAUAACAAAAACUGGAAGAAUCAAUGAGAAAGGAACUUGACAUUAGUAAGACAAGUUAGGAUUCUAAAAAUUAUGUGUAUUAAUUAGAGAAAUAAAUUGAAGUCUCAAUAAAUCAGUAAGAUAAAUCCAAAGUAGAACAACUAGUGGCUAGGCUAAGAAGUCAAGUCCAAUUGUGACAAU